AUGAAUAAAAAAUUACAAUUAAUCACAAUUCAUAAUUACUCAUUGAUAAACUAUCUUAAAGUUUUCUAAAAGAAAUUAGGUCUAGAUAAUACAGUGAUUCAACCUUCUAUCAAUUAGCAAAGUGGAAAAUUAGAAUAGAUUGGAGAUGAAAUUUAGGUUUAUUCACAUUAUGAUUCUUCCAAUUUAUUUUUUAUAACAAUCGAUCAAGAUGGCAUAAAUAUAUUAUUAAAUAGUGAUUCAAAUACUAAUGGAUGCACAUAAUGGUUUAAUUUUUAGAUUUAAUCAUUAAAACCUGUUGUAACUAUAAAAUUUAAAAUAUUAAAUAAUAGAAGAAGUAAAUAGUUGUUAACGUCCUGUAAUUUAUUCACUUCAAAAAAUAAAUGUUUCGAUAUUCACUAUUAUAAAACUAAUGUUAAUCAUCCUUAUUAUGCAAAUGAAGACAUUAAUAUAGCUUAAUAUUAAAGAUGCAAAUCAUUUUACACUUUGGAAUUUAAAUAUACUUUCAUUGAUAAAGAAUUCAUUACAUUUGCAUAUGCUGAACCUUAUCCAUUAAGUAGAGUUUUAUAAUUGAGAGAUUAUACAAUAAUUGGAUAUACUAAUUUAAAUAACCCAAUAAUUAGAAUUAAGAAGGGAAAAGCUAAAAAAUAUGUAGUAAUUUUAGCAAGAUAACAUCCAUGUGAAACUAGUGGUUCAUUUAUAGCAGAAGAAAUGAUAAAAAUAAUAAAUUCUUAGAAAUAUAGAUACAUAAUUUAUCCAAUGGUAAAUCCUGAUGGUGUUUUUCUUGGAAAUAGUAGAUGUAAUAAAAAUGGUAUUGAUUUAAAUAGAAAGUGGAUUAAUCCAUCUUUAUAAGAGGAACCAGAAAUUUAUUAUAUUAAAUAAUCAUUAACAAAAUAUUAAACAAGAAUAAAAUUUAUGAUUGAUUUGCAUGGUCAUUCUACUAAAUAAAAUUAUUUUAUUUAUGGAUGUUCAACUAAUUAAAAUAAUAAUAUAAAAAUGAAACAUUUUGUUAAACAAUUUUAAAAUUCCAAACAUUUUAGUUUAAAAGAUUGUUCUUUUGCAGCAUAAAUUGAUAGAAAAUGUACUGCUAGAUAAACAUUUUGGCUUGAAUAUAAUAUUUAAUAUUCAAUGACAAUAGAAAUCAGUUUAUUUGGAUCAUAAUAAGGAUAACAAAAAGGAAAAUUUAAUAAUAUGGAUUUUUAAGAGAUUGCUGAAUAAAUAUAUAAUUCAAUUGAAUAAUUCAAUGAAGAUGAUAUAGAUUUAAUCUAAAUGCCUAUAAUAGAAUGUUUAAAUGAUAGUUGUGAAUCAGAAAGUGAAUGUGAAUAAGAUAUUGUUAAGGAUACUAUUGUAAAAAAGAAAUCUUAAUAAUGUAAAUUGUUAGAAUAAUAAAAUCAGAAACCAUGUAAUAUAAAGUAGGAUGAGGAUAUUAAAUAAAAAUAAUAGAUAUUACCAAAAUUAAGAAUAUCAAAGGUAAUGAGUAAAUCAGAACAUAGAGGAUCAUCUAUUUUUGAAAUAGAUAAUUCAUUUAUUUUUAGAUUAGAAUAAUUUAACAAUAAUUUUAAUGUUAUAAAGUAUUUUCCAUAAAGAAAUAUCUAACCAAAAAGAAUGAGUUCUAUUAAGAAAUAUUCAAAUAAUAAUAAUAAUAAUGCAACAAUAAAUGUAGAUUAAUUGAAAAAAUAUUUAAUAUUAUGA